AUGAGGCAAUUAGUUGAUAAUUGCUGUGAAAGAGAGGAUAAAAGUCACGAAGAUCAACUUUUUGAACUUUUGUCACUGGUCAAUUAUAGGGCUCUUUCGCCCAAGUUCAUUGUUGAAAACAGAGAAUCAGUUUGCAAAACUGUCGAAACCUACAAAUUGACUGAUAAAUGGCUAGAGUGGCUUUUGGCCGACAUUUAUGAACGCGAAGAUUUAUUUGGUUCUGGAAACAAAUGUGUCCAAAUCGAAGCUCAUAGAGUUGUCCUGUGUGCAUUUAGUGAGUAUUUUUUGGAACUUUUUCGCGAAAAACAAAAACUUUCAAAGGACAAUGUAGUCGAGUUAAAAGAAAUCGAAGCAUUGCCGUUGAAAAAUGUUAUCGAUUUCAUGUAUAAAGGUUCAAUUGAUUUCACUGUUGAAAAUGUCGAAGGAAUCUUGCGAACUGCAUCGUUUCUAAAAAUGAGGCAAUUAGUAAAUGGUUGCUGUGAAAUGAUUAGAAAAUGUAUUAAUUCUGAUAAUUUUUUGAUGUUUAUUCGAUUGGCUAAUGAAUUGGAUCUAGACCAAUUAAAGAACGAAUGUCUAGAAGGCAUGUUUAUUCAUUUUGAAAGAAUAUCAAAGAGAAAGAUUCAAAAUAUUUCGUUUAAGGAUCUGGAUAUUUACGACUUAUACAGGGCCAAAUGUGCCGAAAAAGAGGAUGUAUUUUUGUCCAUGGUGGCCUGGAUAAAUUCUGAUAAAAGUCACGAAGAUCAACUUUUUGAACUUUUGUCACUGGUUAAUUAUAGGGCUCUUUCGCCCAAGUUCAAUGUUGAAAACAGAGAAUUAGUUUGCAAAACUGUCCAAACCUACACAUUGACUGAUAGAUGGCUUGAGUGGCUUUUGGACGACAUUUAUGACCGCGAAGAUAUAUUUUAUUGUAAAUUUAUCAAAAGAAAAAAUGACACCGCUUACAAACUUGCAGUUAUAGGUGUGCGUUUUUUCGACACCGUGUUAAUAAUAAAAACUUAUGACCGUUAUGAAAAUUCGUGGAAUACAAAAAUAAAAAUACGUUCUCCGAGUUCUGAUAUCAUUGUGAUUGAUGGUAAAUUAAUAGCAGUUGGAUGUUCUAACGGAGGAAAUGACGACGAUCGUAAGGGCGUGCAAUCCUUAGAUCUGGACACCCUAGAAUGGAUUGAUCUUCCGCCAAUGAAUAAAAGCCGGAUAAGGCCUAAGUUGGCACACUUAAAUGGACAUUUGUGUGUUUUCGGUACUGAAAGUGGACAAAAUACGGGUUUCGAUCAAAAAUCCGCAUCCAUAGGAAUAUAUAAUUUUUCCACACAGAAAUGGCACGAUUUAGAACCAAUAUCUCAACCAAGCGAUAACAGUGAAAUAGCUUCCUUCAAUGGGAUGCUCUAUAUUAUUGACUUUGAAAACGGCUUCCUGCAAUCUUAUGAUAUCUCGUCAAAUAAAUGGACUUUAAAAGCGAUUGCAAAAGAUCCUCGUUUAUGGAAUUUUGGAUUCGCUGCAACCAAAGAAUUUUUGUACGUUUAUGGUGGUUGCUAUUUAAUGUUCUGUAAUAUAGAGUAUAUCAACAAGGUUAAACGUUUCGACUUACGCAAUAAGUAUAAUUGUUGUGAGAUGAAACCUUUUCCAUUUCGAAGAUGUUUAAUUGAAAGUUUCGUUAUAAAAAAACAUAUAAUAAUUUGUGACACUGAAAAAGUUGACAUUUAUGAUAUUGAAAAGGAUGAAUGGGAAAAUUUGGGGGGUGUUUCGGCAAAGAAUGAAUGGAGUUCGUGUGCUCUUGCAUAUUUAAAUUUAUAA